AUGGCAGCCUGCUCCUCUCAAGAGAAAUUUAAUGUCACUUCCUACGAUGCCAUGGCUUUUGUCAUCAUCACACUUCAGACACUUGCUGGCACGUGGAUAAACGGCUUCAUUGUUUGUGUGCUCUGUGUUUCUUGGGUGAAAAAGAAGGUUUUUAACUCUAAUGAGAAGAUCCUGCUGUUUCUUGGAAGCCUCCGGUUUGGGGAUUUGUGCAUCAGUUGGGCAUAUUCAUUUACUUCAAUGAUUUAUCCCCACUGCUAUUAUGUUUAUCCCAUACCCCAAAUAUUUUCAUCUAUCACAAGAUUUUUAGAUUCUUCUAAUGUGUGGGCUUCUGCCUCUCUUUGUGUUUUUUAUUGUCUAAAGAUUGCCAAUUUCCAGCACACCUUCUUCAUCUACCUGAAGGUAAAAAUUGACAGGAUUGUGCCAUGGCUUCUGUUUGGUUCUGUGCUCUUUGCAUUGAUCAUGGGAAUCCUUGGAUUUGACAUUACAGAGAGAACAAACUUUGAAAACUUCAAUUCCACAGAGUCAAUAAUUUUAGGGACACUGAGUGUCGGAACAGGUGGAAAUUCAUUUCUUAUGUUAUCAAUCAGUGUCUUCAUAUCAACAACUGCAUUCAUGGUUGCCUUCUUUUCUACCUUCCUCCUCCUCUUUUCUCUCUGGAGACACAAAUGCAGGAUGCAGGCAAACUCAAUGAGGAAUCUCAACGUGGAUGCCCAUAUCAAAGCCAUCAAAUCAAUUCUGUUCUUCAUUUUCCUUUACAGCAUUAACUUUAUUGGAUUCAUCUUGAUAUUGAUUGAUGCCACAAAGAAAAAAUACCUUCCACUACUUUUCAUUUUACUACUUCAGUAUGGUCUUCCAGUUGUUCAUUCCCUUGUCCUGAUUUUCAGCAAUACCAAACUGGAAAAGACACUGCUAAGGACUCUACCCUGUUGCAAGUGGAAGUUUCACAAGGUUUAAGAUCUACGAGAAAAGCAGGCUCUCAUCACAAAUGUUCUUAUUAUUUACUGAUCACAUGUAACUUAGGCUCUAAUUCAACUUCCCAGUUGACAAUGUAGUUAAUACAAUUACUUCAACUUCACCAUCUAACUUAAAAAUCUUCCUUAAUUUUCCUUGUACUAAAUCAUUAGGAAUGUAUUAUUGCUGAGACAAUUUCACUUAGAUCAUCCUUGGUGUUCAGUUAAAGUCAGACUUGGUACAUGGGCUAGCUGCAAAAGGACAAUAACAAUACUGCAAACCUUCUAGAAGAGCUUUGGUAUUUGCUGCCCCAAAAUACUUCACUGACAUUAUCUGUACUGGUUUCCAUGUAUUUCUGCUGUGACUGAAAACCCUGCACCACCCCAUGCUAAAGCAUCACAACCCUUGCUCUGCUCCCUGCUCUCCUGGUCUGACUUCACUCCAGAUGUGCUUUGACCAGAUGACUCUGUCUCCCUAAAACACCAGGGCAGGUGG